AUGGUGCACGGGCACGCUCUCUAUCACAUGGAGCACCGCCCUCUGGAGGUGCGGGCUCUCCAUGAAAAGAUCGUGAAUGAAGAUGCCAAUCUGGUGGCGCGGGAGAAUCCCUUGGUCAUUGUAUACAAGACGCUCUCGGCAGACUUCGAGGGGGCCAUUGGAGGCUAUGUCACCAAAUUGAUGGGUGCAGACGAUCCGCCGACCAAGACUGCAAAGGAGGCCCCAACUGCGACUGCGACUGCUGUCGAGGAUUCUCAGAACAACGUUGUGGGUGUGGGCCCAGCGGUGGCUGUGACGAAGACAACCGCCGAACCCACCCAUGCGACGGUGGUGACCACCACCAAAGAGGUCAACCCUCCACAGACGACCAUCGUCGAGAAGACCCACGUGCAGCACACUACAGCUGCAGAUAUAACGCAGGCCAUUACUAGCGAGGUCGAGUCGGUCACUCAGGCGCCAUCAUCCUUUAUCACCUCGGUCUCCCAGGUGACAACGUCUGCGGAAUCCAGUGCGGAUGUGAACUUUGUCGCAGUGACACCCAGUUCAACGGCAACGGGCUCCGGGCCUUCCUCGUCUCCAACGGCCGCCAAUGCCUCGCAAGGCAUGUCGGGCGGUGCGAAAGCGGGAAUUGCCAUUGGAGUUAUACUGGGACUCGGAGUCCUGGCCGCACUGAUCUUUUUCUUGGUGCGAAAGAAGAAGCGCGGCGACGAGGCCGAAGGAGCUUACCAGGAGAAGGGAGCCAUUUCAGCUGCUUCGGCGUCGUCGGCACCGCCUCCUCCUAUGAAGACAUCCACCCCAUCCACUCCUCCCCAGUUGAGUGUUCGCCCCGUGACGCAGUUCGCCCCCGACCUGAGCGGCACAGGUGGCUCAAUCGGGGCUUCGGCCGGCUUGCUGGGUGCAUCCGUGGCUGGCGCGGCCGGGGCUGCUGGUGCCGCUGUCGCGUCGCGCAAUCUGACCGGCAACUCGCCGCCUUCAUCCCCCUCCCAGGCGAGCUCCAUCGCACAGGAUCCCUUCAGUGAUCCAGUGAAUCCGUUCAGCCCCACCACGCCUGUAGCGGAGACUGCGUCGUUUGCAGCAGCUUCUACUCCUUCUCAGCCGCCGGUGACUCCUGUGGUGACGGGUAAUGCUCCCGCGGUCGUGGUUUCAGAUCACUCCGCCACAGAACAGCCUCUCUCUCAAGAGCCAGGUACUGCGGUCUCGACCGCUCCAUCGACCCGCGUCAGUGCCGAUGUCGAGUCGAUCUCCUCUGAGAUCCUUACUGCUGUGGGCGGAGCUUCGGUCGGAGUUGCUGGUGUAGGUGCUGUUGCUGCGGCUGCGGUUCCUGGUCCUCCAGGUCCCCCGGGACCGAACAAUGUCCACCGCGUACAGAUGGAUUUCAGUCCCUCCGCGGAUGAUGAGCUGGAGCUGCGCGCGGGAGCCCUCGUGCGUAUGCUGCAUGAAUAUGACGAUGGUUGGGCCCUAUGUGUUCGUAUGGAUCGUUCGCAGCAAGGCGUGGCGCCCCGAUCCUGCCUGUCUGCACGCCCCGUGAAGCCUCGCCCUCGCCCGCCUCCUGGUGCUGGGCCAGGCCCUGCUCCUCGUGGGCCGCUGCCCCCUAUGGGUCCGGGACCUCAUGGACGCAUGCCAGGGCCUCCUCCUGCUGGUCGCUACUACCCUCAAGGUCCGCCUGGUCCUCAGGGACCUCCGGGCCAACCUCGUCCGCCUUAUCCUGUUCGUCCUAUGUCUCCCGCGUCUGGCUUCCCCGUUGUUCCUCGCGCCAUGUCCCCCGGCCCCCAAGCUCGCCCGGGUCCUAAUACUGGGCCUCGAUCUAUGAGCCCCGGUCCCUAUGGCCCACCAGGCAUGCAGCGACCCGCGAUGCCGGUCAACCAACGACAACGUAGUAACAGUGCCGGGAACAUGCCUCCCCACAUGAUCGGGAGCGCGCCCCCCAAAUCUAGUCCACUUGUUGCGACCGAAGCCCCCAGCCCUGCGCCCACUGGCAACCUCCCUGCCCUUCCUCCCUCGGCGCUGAACUCGCCCACUGAGGGGGAAGUCCCUACUCAAUCACUUCCCGGACAAGCCCUUUAG